AUGACGAUAAGAGCGCUUGAGAAGGUGUCCGUUGGCCAGAAUGGCGUCGGGGCCUUUAUCCUCCAGUGCAAGCGCGUAGAUAUUCACUACUGCGACUACUCGGGAAGUUCGAGAGGCAUGAAUGCCUUUAUCAAGAGCCAGCUUCCUCAAUUCGCCAAGAGCAACCCCCAGAUCGAGUUCGCCGUGUCGCCGAGGCCACGGAAGCAUCCCGUCAUUGUCGGUCAUUACAUCAACGGUGGCAUCAAGUCGAUAUGCGUCAAGAACAUGGAGGCUUCGACGAUUCUGAAAAAGGCAGAGUUGCUGCGAGACGCCAGCGGCGAGAAGGUCAAGAGGGUCAACAAGCCGGUCACGAGUGUCAGCGAGAGUGUCCGAGGCAUCUGGUCCCCAUACCACGGAAAUGGAAUGCCGGUUUAA